AUGGAUUUAUUACUUACACAGACAAAGUACAUUGAGGAUUUGUUACACGAAGCCAAUAUGACCACAUGCAAAAGCUUAUCUACACCAGCCAUACCGAAUGAGAAAUUACAAGCAACUGGUGCUGAAUCUGCACCUGAUAUCACUCUCUACAGCACCAUAGUUGGUGCUUUGCAAUAUUUGAAUAUCACCAGACCCGACAUUGCCUUCUCGGUCCACAAAGCUUCUCAAUAUGUUCAUUCUCCCAAAAUGCAACAUUGGGUUGUAGUAAAACGUAUUUUACAUUAUUUGAAGAGUACACAACGGUAUGGGUUGCUCCUUACUCCUUCUUCUAAUCUUGAUAUUCAUGCUUACAGUGAUGCGGAUUGGGCAUCCAAUUUGAACGAUAGAAAAUCAACAAGUGGCUAUGCGAUAUUUAUGGGGAGUAAUCUAAUUUCAUGGCAGUCUAAGAAACAACCUACGGUAGUGUGUUCAUCUGCCGAAGUGGAUGAGACUCACAAUUCUAACCUCACCUGGUUAGAUCUGCAGGGCAGUGAUAGAGUAGUGAUAGAGUAUAUCUCGUGUAGAUAA